AUGGCCCCCGGUUGUGCAUGCCCAUGGGGACCAGAAGGUUGUACAAUCGAGCCUCAUUUCAGACCAAGUGCAUCACCAGCAGAGAAUGCAGCGAACGCUCUUGAGCAGCUCAAAGUUGUGCAAGAAGUGACUGAGAACACCUGUAACACGCUCAAAGUGAUCAAGACAAACAUAGUUGCUAAGCUUGAAGAGGCCAAGCUUGAAGGGCUGACUGCGGCGAUGGAAACUACUAAAGUUGACGACAAAGCCAAUACCAACAUUGAAUCCAAACCUGACGUUAACAUGGGCACGAACGCAGAGGCCAAUCCGGGCACUACCACUGAGAUUGCGGAAGCACCUACGAACGAUGCCAACACAACCAAAGCUGCUCCAAACAAUAAAUCCUGCUACGAGCAAAAGCUAGCCAGACUUAGCAAAGAUCUCAAGACUGUUGAUGCACAACUUACAACCUCAGAACACAAUCUCGUCGUGAUGGGAAAACUCUCAGAGGCAGCUAGAAAAUUCAGGGCUGAGCCAACUCUUCAACAUCUCGGUGAGAUGUUGGAAAUGAGGGAGAAAGUGCUCCAUGAUAUCGCGGAGCUCAAAAAACUUGCAACUAUGGUCAAGAGCUUCAGCGAAGAGUAUCUGGACUAA